GAAGAGAAAAAAAUAGUGUUUAACAUUAUUUUCUUUUGUGACUUCGUUAACGAAACGUUCAAAAUGUCGAUCUUCAUCUUCCUUUUUCCUUUCUCUUUCGACACGAUCGCUUAAUGACGUCAGUUUAUAUACCACAUUGACUACAAAAGAAGAUCGUGCUAAGAAUUCUAUAAAGAUUUCAUUGAUAUUGGAUUGAUACGCAAGAAGACAUCGAGAACGAUCGUAUAGAACAAGUUUAGAUCGAUGGAAGAGGAUCGAAAAAUAAUGUGGACAAAAGUGAUCGUCUUAAUUCUCAUAUCCCUUUUAAUGAUUUUCGAAGUAAGGACGAAGGAGACGUGUAGCUUGGACAACGAAGAUGAUUUCCAACAGUCUCACGUGGGGUUGAUCAUCUCACCAAUGAUGUCGGAAUCAAUGAUUCGUGAACUCGAAAUUUAUUGGAAUCAUCCAAAGUAUCGAUCGGAUAGCGACAGGAUCGCACUUUACACGGGUGAUCCAGCGAAUGGAUCCGAACCGAUUCUCAUUUUGGAACCAAAAUCUUCGAGCGGUAUAAAGAGUACAGGAAUUCAGGCCGAAUAUCUGCCUACUAUGAAUUUGACCUAUCACAGGGAGUGUCUCAAGUAUCACGUUGCUUGGCUGAGGAAUGGUGACCUGAGAAAAGUGAAUUGUCUCGAAACGCGCCCCAAUUGGAUGGCCGAGAGAAAAGAAAUUCUAGGUCCUCUUAAGAUGAAUAAAAUAUUUUUACCAGGCACACACGAUUCAGCAUCCUAUGCGAUCUACGAACGGGCUGAUCGAGAGAAGAUUAUUGAGAAAUACGUUAUAACGCAGGACAUAGACGUACUCGCGCAAUUGAUAUACGGAGUACGAUAUUUGGACAUUCGAGUUGGACAUUAUCCUCUCACGAAUGAAAUCUGGUGGGCUAAUCAUGGAAUCGUACAGUUGAUACCAUUACGAGUCAUCAUCGAGCAAGUGAAAGAAUUUCUCGAUAAUACCGAGGAGAUCGUGAUCUUUGACGUUCAAGAAUUUCCAGUUGGAUUUCAUAAAAACUUGUCCAUACAUCAGCAGUUCGUUAAAUAUUUAGAGAAACAAUUUGUGGGUUACUAUUUACCUUACAAAACCGGUUGGUUCACAACAUUGAAUGCGAUUUGGUCCUCGGAAAGAAGACUGAUUAUCGGUUACGAUGAGAAACAAAUUCUCAGCUUUUCUGAAAGCCUUUGGCCUUGCGUUACUCAUCAAUGGGGUAACGUUCAAACUAUCGAUGAUCUUUAUAGAUAUCUUAAUCGUAUCGAAACAUCAAGUCUCUGGGAUUACAAAACAACGCCAAGAUCAGCGAUGGCGGAAUUGACGCCUAAUAUGUGGUACGUGAUUUCAAACAGAUUUCAAACGAGUCUUCGUCAAAUGGCCGAUAAAGUUAAUGCCAAUGUCACGAAUUGGUAUGCAACAAAAUGGCAAUAUACAGCUAACAUCGUCGCGGUUGACUUUGUAAGAGGUUCUGGCAUCGUUGAGACUUCCAUCGAGUGGAAUGAUCGACGAAACUCAAACUGUUAAAAACAGUAUAAAAAUAUAUUUCAGCUUGAAUCCAUU